CAUUGAAUAAGUAAAAAACAAACAACAAAAACAAAAGGUUUUAGUUCUAGGUGUUGGUAGUGAUGAUGAUGAUGACGACGACGACGACGAGGGGUGUGAGCGUCCUCUAGCGGCUGCUAUAGUGUACUGCUAUCAGUGUGGAGGAAAGACAGAAAGAGACAGAAAGAGGGGCAGAGAGAGAGACGAGUUUAUCUUGUGUUGUGCCAGCAGCAGAGAAACAGCUCCACAUUAAAACCCGGGUCGCUGCACUUCAGCUCAGAGUCUGACACGCAGGCAGUACAGUGCGCUUUUAAAUCAUUAAUUGACCCAGAACCAGACCGGAUUCACAGUCCUGCAUUACUACAUUACUGCUCUACAGCGGGGAAAGGUAUUAACACACAUGGGAUGCUGAGGACCUGUUGACGUGUGCAGCACUAAAGUGACCGUCUGGGUGCGUCUCCAUGCGCCAUCGUUAAAGAAAAAGAAAAAAGCUUGGGCUGGGCACUGUGGCUUGUCGAUGUACUCAUAUCCCAGAAGAGCUUUCAGCACCUGGGUGAGGCAGCGGGCCAGUCUACAUCCCAGAGUUCUGAGGGAAUGGAGAAGAAAGUCUGAAGCCACUGUCAAAGCCUGUAAACGUAUUCGCGUCUGUCGGGGCUAAAAUGAAGCAGCAGGCCCGCUCCUGCAGCUGCUGAUUCAUCCAGACAACUGGGAGAGGCAUUCCACACCGGCUUUGGGGGGAGAAACCAUUAGACCUACUCCUCCGCUGAUAUCCGAGAUUGCUAUAUGCACCAGGAAUGAGAAUGCCUGCGGAGGCUCCCAGGGCUCCAGUACAGACCCAGAACUUCACGAGCAGCCACUUCUGAUGAGAUCUAAGGAGAAGGACUUCGUAGAGACCAAAUGAAGAUCUCGGUCACAUUUCUUUGGGCAUGACCCAUCCGGAGAUCUCUUACCCGCGAGACGAGUUUGUCCUCCAGAAAUCUGCUUCACCCAGCCUCCUGACCAUCAUCUUUUCCACACUGGCUCCGAAGAGAAGAACUUAGAGAGGGCAGAACAGGAGGGGUGUGAGGGUGUUGGGCAGGGGGCUGCUGGUGCAUGGGGACGGGCAGCACACAUCUCCGAAGGUGAGUGAAAGCCCACCAUCGCCCAUGCUGUCCCCUGCCCGCACCAGUCCUCCUGCCCUCUGCAAUGGUGACAUGAUGGUACGCAUCAUGGAAGAUCUCUGCUUCAGCCCACCCGUUUGUUUGUGCGAUUAUAUGAUGGACUUGAUUUGUUAGUGACUCGAGGACGGUGUAUAUACUCAUACAAGUGGUAGUAGGGUGACGAUGCUGGUGUGUGGACGCAUGAGACGGCUCUACAGGCAGCUCACGCUGCAGACCAGCCUACUGCUGCUGUUCCUCUUCUGCAUGGUAAGUGUGCUCAUCUCAGCCUACUUUCUGUAUGGGGUCAAGCGGGAGCUGGAGCCUGCAAGCGUCGGUGGGGUGGAGAGCGUUGACGACGGCACCGCCGACUGGGAGGAUUCUCAAGCCGCCACCCCUUCUGCUCCGUCAGCCAGGAUACUUCCUGCAAGAACUGCCAAGCCAGCAGACACGUCCCGCACAGACCCUGUGGUUCUGGUUUUUGUGGAGAGCCUCUACUCACAGUUGGGCCAGGACAUUGUGGCCAUCUUGGAAUCAGGACGCUUCCGCUACCAGAUUGAGAUCGCUCCCGGUAAGGGCGACAUGCCUACACUCACAGACAAGAACAGGGGCCGCUUCACAUUGGUCAUUUAUGAGAAUAUCCUCAAGUAUGUCAACCUGGAUGCCUGGAAUAGAGAACUUCUCGAUAAGUACUGUGUGGAGUAUGGAGUGGGCAUCGUUGGCUUCUUCAAGGCAAAUGAGAACAGUUUACAGAGCGCCCAACUAAAGGGAUUCCCCCUCUUCUUACACUCUAACCUUGGCUUAAGGGACUGCAGCGUCAAUCCCAAAUCGCCACUCUUGCUCAUCACUAAGGCUCGUGAGGUGGAGCGUGGACCCCUGCCCGGGGACGAUUGGACCGUCUUCCAGUCCAACCACUCCACCUACGAGCCUGUGCUGUUGGCCCGGGGCAGGACGACAGAAGCCGGAGGUCCUCCAGCACCCCUGCACGCAGCCGUGGUCCAGGACCUGGGGCUUCACGACGGUAUCCAGAGGGUACUCUUCGGCAACAACCUUAACUUCUGGUUGCACAAGCUGGUGCUGGUGGACGCCGUGAGCUUUUUGACAGGCAAGCGGUUGUCGCUCGCACUGGAGCGCUACAUCCUAGUGGACAUCGAUGACAUCUUUGUGGGCAAGGAAGGCACACGGAUGAAGGUGUCCGACGUCAAGGCCCUACUGGAGACGCAGAACGAGCUCCGAACUCAUGUACCCAACUUCACCUUCAACUUGGGCUUCUCUGGGAAAUUCUUUCAUGCUGGCAUUGAUGAGGAAGAUCUGGGAGAUGACCUGCUCCUUUCCUAUAGUAAGGAAUUCUGGUGGUUUCCGCACAUGUGGAGCCAUAUGCAGCCUCAUCUCUUCCAUAACCAGUCAGUGCUGGCAGAACAGAUGCUGCUCAACCGCAAGUUUGCAGAGGAACAUGGCAUUCCCACAAACAUGGGAUAUGCUGUGGCUCCGCACCACUCGGGCGUCUACCCCAUCCACAUGCAGCUCUACGAGGCCUGGAAGAAGGUGUGGGGCAUUAAGGUGACAAGCACCGAGGAAUAUCCUCAUCUCAAACCUGCACGCUUCCGCAGGGGCUUCAUCCACAGCGGCAUCAGUGUGUUGCCCAGGCAGACGUGCGGUCUCUUCACACACACCAUUUUCUACAACGAGUACCCUGGCAGCCCCAAGGAGCUGGACAAACUCAUCAACGGAGGAGAGCUGUUCCUCACCGUGCUCCUCAACCCUAUCAGCAUCUUCAUGACCCACCUCUCCAACUACGGGAACGACCGCCUGGGCCUGUACACGUUUAAGAACCUGGUGAAGUUCGUGCAGACGUGGACCAACCUGAAGCUGCAGACGCUACCACCAGUGCAGCUGGCGCAGAAAUACUUCCAGAUCUUUCCCGAAGAGAGGGAUCCAGUUUGGCAGGACCCCUGUGAGGACAAAAGACAUAAAGACAUUUGGUCAAAGGAGAAAACCUGCGACCGCUUCCCUAAGCUUCUCAUCAUAGGCCCGCAGAAGACCGGAACGACCGCACUCUAUCUGUUUCUGGGAAUGCAUCCUGAUCUGACCAGUAAUUAUCCCAGCAAGGAGACCUUUGAGGAGAUCCAGUUCUUCAACGGUCGUAAUUAUCACAAGGGCAUUGACUGGUAUAUGGAGUAUUUCCCUCUGCCCUCCAACACUAGCUCAGAUUUCUACUUUGAGAAGAGUGCCAACUACUUUGACUCUGAGGUAGCAACCAGUCGAGCUGCCGCGCUUCUUCCUAAAGCCAAGAUCAUCACCAUCCUCAUUAAUCCUGCAGACAGGGCCUACUCCUGGUACCAGCACCAGAGAGCCCACGAUGACCCCGUGGCCCAGAAAUACACCUUUCAUGAUGUCAUCACCGCUGGCCACGACGCCCCAAUCAAACUGAAGGUGCUGCAGAAUCGCUGUCUUGUUCCCGGCCUGUACGCAACACACCUGCAGCGAUGGCUCAGCCAUUACCAUCCCAGCCAGAUCCUGGUCCUGGACGGUCAGAUGCUGAGGACGGAGCCGGCUGCAGUCAUGGAUAAGAUCCAGAAGUUUCUUGGCCUCACAAACACUCUGAAUUACCACAAGAUCCUAGCGUUUGAUCCUAAGAAGGGAUUCUGGUGCCAGCUGCUGGACGGGGGGAAGACGAAAUGCCUGGGGAAGAGCAAAGGGAGGAAGUAUCCUGACAUGGAUGUGGAUUCACGGCGCUUUCUUCGAGAACACUACCGCGAACACAACAUCGAGCUGUCCAAGCUGCUGUACAAGAUGGGUCAGCCGCUGCCGAGCUGGCUACGCGAGGAGCUGCUCCACAGCAGGUAACCGGAAACGGCCGUUCGGGGCAAACACAACCAACUCACUCGCACUCCUCGACGUGCUCCAGAGGAGACUCUACCUCUCCCGAUUUCCUCCGAGUCAGCUGCAGCAGCUGGAUACGGCACUGCAGCCUACAGAGGCCUCGUCCUGGGGGUCUGGGCUAUGAGAGGAAAAGAAACGGAGAUGGGGGAAACAAAGCCCAAGGUGCUUUUUCGUUCUUUGAGAGAGCAUGGGCAACCAGGGAUGUCUCAGUACACACACACAGACUGCACUUUUCCCGCGUGUUUGUUCUGCUCAGACACCUUCAAACACACUUUUGGAGAAGACGCAAGAGACCUUUUGGUGGUUUUUCCUUUUUUUUUUUCUUCUCUCCCCUGUUGGGACAGCACAGAGGCCAACAUCGAUUGAACACAAACCAGGAAGAAACCUUCAACUCUGAAUAUUUUCUCCCAUUCAUCCAUCCGUUCAUUCAUCCUUUCCUUCAUUUACAUGUCAUGUUGUGUUGUGAAACAGGAGAGUCAGUCUCGCCCUGUAGUCUAUUUUUGUUCUAUUUUUUUUUCUUUUCUUUUUUUUUUUAAGUUGUAGCCCGAUCAUUACAUUACAUGUACCCACUAGAACAAAAAUGUGACUUUUUUUUUUUUUAAAGUUAAAAAAAAAAAAAAUCACAUCUACGUAUUUAUGGUGUUACAAACUACACAAAUUAUGGUACUUUAAAAAAAAUAAUAAUAAGCUACAUCUGGAAGAAAUGUGAGUGUAAAUAUGGACAUGUACAGUACCUGGGGAUCCUGAUACUCUGUAUUUUUGUGCAGUAAAUGAAUUAUCGCCUUAAUGAAACCGAUUACUAUUCGUCACACGACCAGAAAGGUUUUUGGACAUGCAAUGAGCUAUUCAUUAGCAUAGAAAUUAUUCCAGGAUGAAGCAGUGUUCCAACAGUAAGAGUAUUACUGCGAUGUUAAUGUUAACCCGAAUCAGAAGAGAUUUUAGUUUUUCAUAUUUGGUAUAUUUUUUGACCUCUAUGGGGUUUGGUUUUUAUUUUUGGUUACAUGAUCCCAGCAUUAACGGUCUACAAAUAGCUCAAGUUGGUCCUUGAGACGUAUCUGAGAAUGUAUCAUUUCCUUUGGCACAUAAGGACUGUCUCUGAAAUGAAACGAUUUUGCUCUGGAGUUAUGGUCUGAAUUUACACCCCUGAAUGUUAGCACAGACAUGAUAGGCUUCAGUGGUGAGCAGAAUACACAGUGGAAACAGGUGGACAGGUCUUGUUUCUCAUAAUGAAGUCGAGUAAGCAGUUCUUCCAGCUGCAAUUCAAAUAACGAACAAAACCUCAAUUCUUUUUUUUGUUUUCUCCCCCCCACCCCCCACCUUUUUUGUUUGGUGCUUGUGGAAUCGGUGACAUAUUUUCAACCCCCUCUCUAGUCUCAAGCACAUUACUUAACUGUUACGCUAUCGGCUGGUUGAUCACGUCUUUCAUACGCCUUCUGGUCUAAAGGAAAACUUGAUUCCGUAAUAAUAAUGAUGCAGAUUCACUGAUUUCAGAGGAAGUAUAUGUUGGACAUGUUAUAAAUCCAUUAAUAAAUCUCCAGUGUGUUUCCCAGUCCGGCAUUUCGGUUGUCCAGAGACGUAAUUGGCACGUUGCCGUGUCACAGCUCCAGGAGCCUGGGUUUGAUCCAUGUCCGCUUGGGUUUUCCACUAGAUUCUCAGGUUUCAUCCCACCAAAAACUUGCCGGUAGGUAAAUUGGCUAAGAUGGAUUGCUUCUAGGUGUGAAUGUUUUUGUGUUUGGUUCCCUGUUAUGGACCGCCCAGUGUUCCCAGUGCGACCGUGACCUGAAUAAAGCUCUUCCUCAAAGUGAGUGAGUGAAACCUAACUGACAAGGCUAAAAAAAAGAAAAGGUAGCUAACAUACAUUAAGCUAAAUAAGUAAAUAAGUGCACUAAUACAGAUUGAGCAUACCGAGUACAUGAUCUUUAUCCUGUUUUAACAAAGUGAGACAUCAUGUUUUAGCCCAUCAGUAUUUUCGCACGUUAUUCAUGUCUGGCUGGCAUCUUUAUUUUCCCGAAAUAUGUUUAACUGCAAAGUGACUACUUCUUACAGUUCUAACAGAUUUGUGCUAGACUUUAUUGGCUUUAUUUAUUAAUCCACAUAGUAAAUAACAUUCUACAUGUUUCGACCAGUGUGUAGUGCAGCAGGGGGUGGGUUCAGAACGAGUCGUUUGAACCAUAGCUACGGCAUUAAGUUACGUCAGUAAACCAGCAUUCAACAUACACUAUAUGGCCAAAAGUAUGUAGACACCUGAACAUCACACUCAUGUGCUUGUUGAACAUCCCAUUCCAGAUUUAGUCCCCCAUUUGCUGUUAUAAUGUGCUCCACUCUCCUGGGAAGGUUUCCACUAGGUUUUGGAGCGUGGCUGUGGGGAUUUGUGUUCAUUUGUGCUACAAGAGCUUUACUGAGAUCAGGCACUGAUAUCGGGCGAGGAGGCUCCAGUUCCAGUUCAUCCCAAAGGUGUUCAGUGGGGUUGAGGUCAGGGCUGUGUGGAGAAAACUUGAGUACUUCUACCUUAAGUAACCUUUGCAAACCAUGUCUUCACGGAGCUGGCUUCGCGCACAGGGGCAUUGUGAUGCUGGAAGAGGUUUGGGUCCCUUAGUUCCAGUGAAGGGAAAUUGUAAUUCUACAGCAUACAAAGACAUCCUUUAUAAUUGUGUGCUUCUGAUUUCUUCUGUGGGGAAGAACCGCAUAUAAAUGUGAUGGUCAGGUGUCCACAAACUUUGGAGCAUACAGUACUAAAAGUGUAGAUACCAAAUAAAAUGUUUUGCAAACGUCAACACGGAGUAGGUUUUGAACCUGUGUGUUGAACUACGAGUAAUAAAUUUUUUUUAAAGCUGCUUGUCCCAGGUGCCUGGGCUCCUGAUUUGUCCAACUUUGCUGAUCAAACUUUCUCUGUUCAUAUGAGAUCUCAUUUCAGAAUUAAAUGCAUCACUGAAAUGAUUGCGUUGAAGACCAGGAAGCCUGAUUAUUCCACCAUCUUGAGGUUUUGUUGUUGUUGAAUAAACGCACUCAUGUGAUGCUGGAGGGGGGUCAUAGAUCAUCAAAUUCUGAGCUUAAAGGUCAAAGUAAAAGAUUGAUAUAUUGAUUUCAAAUUUUUAACUUUAAGUCCUCAAAUGCAUAGAAUUAGAAAUGCCAGUAUUUAAUUUUUUUCUGUAUUUCAAACCAAAAUGUGUGAAAAUGGUUCCGAGAGUAUGAUGCCUGAUAAGCACAACAUUAUUAUUUUUGUUUGUUUGUUUGUUUGUUUUGGUUAUUUGACCAAGGACUAUAGGAAAAGGUUACGUACCUCCGGUUAAAUAUAUGUUCCAUCAUGAAGGCUCUGUAUUAAUGAACAGUUGGAGCAGAUGCUGAAGAUUUGUGUUCAUUAGUGAAAUGCUCUUUCUUGUUGAAACGCACAGUCUGUAAUACUGACCCACGCACCUUAUACACACUUUCCAGUCCUCAAAGAAAAGAAAAGGAAAAAAACGUACACAAACUUACGCCGUCAUGCUGCUCAGAUCUCACUCAUGAUGUUGACGAUAACGGUCUGAUUGUGUUUUUGUUUUUUGUCCUGAUUUAGUAUUUCUAACUGUAAUAAUAAUGCAAUAAUAUAUUUUCCUGAGACAGUUGGAAGUUUUGCACCAAGCACAAACCAUGUGUUCUCUGUGUACAGAACGAAAGCGUGAGAGGAGAGACUAGACAUUUUUCCUCUUUUUGGGUUCCAUAAUUCUGACCACACACACAAAAGUGGUUCCCAUGAACUUCACACUGCCAAUUUUGUGCUUUCUGUAUUAUAAUGUAGGAUAUCAGUAGAUAGUGAUGUAAAUGAAAUAAAUUGUAAGGUAAAAUAAUCAUCUGGACUGUACAAUCAAAACCUAUCAUUGUUAAUAUUUUUUAUUGUUGGUAGCCAAUAUUUUUGUGAUUAAUUUGCAAAUAAAGAAACCACUGUCUUUUUA